GUUGUUUGAGUCCAGAGUCCGGUAAAGUUCCACUAGUUGUGAAAUCUCCUGGAUUUUCCUGCGUGUGCAAAUGUUCGCAUGAUAAAAGGCAACUCAGGAAGUGAACCAGAGACCAGAUCCAGACCAGAUCAAGAUGAGACGUUUGAUUGCAGCCCUCGCUCUGCUGAGUGUGUGUCAGGCCGUGAGGUUUGGUCAGCUGUGUGCCGGCAAUGCCAACAACGACAGGAGGAUGAGUGACACCUGGGGACAAGGUCACUACGGCGCCAGACGGGGUGGUCGGGAUCACAAAGGUCUGGACAUCAGGUGUUCAGACGGGUCGGUGGUCUACGCUCCCUUUGACGUGACUCUGAACGGGGCUCUCACCGUCUACACCGACCCCAAGAAGGCAGCCAUCAACAGCGGCAUCAACCUGGCGGGCGAAGGUCUGUGCUUCAAGCUGUUCUACGUCAGACCAGACCGCACCUCAGGGACGGUGACCAAGGGCAACAGGAUCGGCGUGAUGCUGCCCAUGCAGAGCGUUUACCCUGGAAUCACCUCACACGUCCACGUCCAGAUGUGUGACAAGAGCAACCCCACGGAGUACUUCUGAGCCGGUCUGUGGACAUCAUCACCUCUCGACCUCACGAUAACCGUUGGCCGUUGAUGCUUGGUGAAGCGAUGGUGGUGAAAUAAUAAAGUCAAAUGAGAACUCAC